CCGCCCGACCCUCCCCGCUGGCGGCGGCUCCCGCUCGGAUGAACCUCUAGUCUUGCUUUGAAAAAGCCAUUUUGUGUAACUCUUGACUGAAUAAUUUCCUAAUACACCUGUUGGGAGGAUCACUGAUACAGUAUGCCAUUUGAGAGGUACUUUUUCUUGACCAAAUACUGGUGAUUAGAGAAGAGAGGUGUUUUGUUUUUGUUUUUUGUUUUUUUGUUUUUUGUUUUUUUUUUCCUGAUCAUUAUGAACAUUGGCUUUUCACCCCUGAAGUAAAAAUGUUGAAAACCGAGUCUUCAGGUGAACGAACCACUCUCAGAAGUGCCUCUCCUCACAGGAAUGCUUACAGAACUGAGUUCCAGGCACUGAAAAGUACCUUUGACAAACCCAAGGCAGAUGGGGAACAAAAAACAAAAGAAGGUGAGGGCUCCCAGCAGAGCAGGGGGAGGAAAUAUGGCUCCAACGUCAACAGAAUUAAAAAUCUAUUCAUGCAGAUGGGUAUGGAACCCAGUGAAAAUGCUGCAGUCAUUGCCAAAACAAGGGGGAAAGGUGGACCUUCGUCUCCGCAGAGAAGAAUGAGGCCCAAAGAAUUUCUGGAAAAAACAGACGGCUCAGUUGUUAAGUUGGAGUCCUCCGUUUCAGAACGAAUCAGUAGAUUUGACACAAUGUACGAUGGCCCUUCAUAUUCUAAGUUCACAGAAACUCGGAAGAUGUUUGAGAGAAGUGUGCAUGAAUCAGGACAAAACAACCGCUAUUCCCCAAAGAAAGAGAAAGCUGGAGGGAGUGAACCUCAGGAUGAAUGGGGUGGCUCGAAGUCCAACAGAGGCAGUACCGAUUCCUUGGACAGCCUUAGCUCCCGGACAGAGGCUGUCUCCCCAACUGUGAGUCAACUGAGUGCAGUAUUUGAGAACACCGAUUCCCCCAGUGCCAUUGUUCCUGAGAAGGCAGAGAACAACGAAUACUCCGUGACUGGGCAUUACCCCCUGAAUCUACCACCUGUUACUGUUACAAAUCUUGACACCUUUGGUCACCUUAAGGAUUCGAAUUCUUGGGCUCCUCCAAGCAAACACGGUGAUGAUGCAGAGGAUGCUCAGAAGGGUUAUCCAACUCCAGUACCAGAAGUGGCUUUGAAAAGUACCUCUUUAGCCCCAAUGCCCAGUGAAGAGACACAGCAGAGCAAGGACGCCGAGGACUCCACAUCUAACCAAGAGACUCCUGUCGGGAUUGACAGAGACGUUCCUGAAGAACCUUGUGCUGAAAAUAAGGCAAUGCCCGAGUCUGAAAUCCCUUCACCACAAAAUGAACCUUUGGAAGACGCCGAAGCUAAUUUAGUUGGGAGUGAGGCAGCAAUGCAUCAGAAGAAAGACCUUGCAGGUGGUGAUUUUACUUCUGCUGAUGCUUCUGGAUCCAGGUGUGGAAAGGAAGUACCUGAAGAUUCAGGUCAUUUUGAGAGUUCCCAUGUUUACAUGCACAGUGACUAUAAUGUAUACAGGGUAAGAUCCAGGUAUAAUUCAGACUGGGGAGAGACAGGCACUGAGCAGGAUGAGCAGGAAGAGAGUGAUGAAAACAAUUACUAUCAACCUGAUAUGGAAUACUCGGAAAUUGUUGGAUUGCCAGAAGAAGAAGACAUUCCAGCAAAUAGGAAAAUUAAGUUUAGUAGUGCUCCAAUUAAGGUUUUCAGCACAUACUCCAAUGAAGACUAUGACAGGAGGAACGAUGAAGUGGACCCUGUGGCUGCUUCUGCCGAGUAUGAACUUGAAAAGCGUGUAGAAAAGCUGGAACUUUUCCCAGUGGAACUAGAGAAAGAUGAGGAAGGACUUGGUAUAAGCAUUAUUGGAAUGGGUGUUGGAGCAGAUGCCGGACUUGAAAAGCUGGGAAUAUUUGUCAAGACAGUAACAGAAGGUGGUGCUGCUCAGAGGGAUGGCAGAAUACAAGUCAAUGACCAGAUUGUGGAAGUGGAUGGAAUCAGCUUGGUGGGUGUCACACAGAAUUUUGCUGCAACAGUUCUCAGAAACACCAAGGGCAAUGUCAGAUUUGUUAUUGGGCGAGAAAAGCCAGGACAAGUGAGUGAGGUUGCCCAGUUGAUAAGCCAGACGCUGGAACAAGAAAGGCGCCAGAGAGAGCUGCUUGAGCAGCACUAUGCCCAGUACGACGCCGACGACGAUGAGACAGGAGAAUAUGCCACAGAUGAAGAGGAGGAUGAAGUAGGACCUGUUCUUCCUGGCGGUGACAUGGCCAUUGAAGUCUUUGAGCUGCCUGAAAAUGAGGACAUGUUUUCCCCAUCGGACCUGGACACAAGCAAGCUCAGUCACAAGUUCAAAGAGUUGCAAAUCAAACAUGCAGUUACAGAAGCAGAGAUUCAAAAAUUGAAGACCAAGCUGCAAGCAGCAGAAAAUGAGAAAGUGAGGUGGGAACUAGAAAAAACCCAACUCCAACAGAACAUAGAAGAGAAUAAAGAGAGAAUGCUGAAGUUGGAGAGCUACUGGAUUGAGGCUCAGACCUUAUGCCACACAGUGAACGAGCACCUCAAGGAGACUCAGAGCCAGUAUCAGGCCUUGGAGAAGAAAUACAACAAAGCAAAGAAGUUGAUCAAGGAUUUUCAACAAAAAGAACUUGAUUUCAUCAAGAGACAGGAAGCAGAAAGAAAGAAAAUAGAAGAUUUGGAAAAAGCUCAUCUUGUGGAAGUUCAAGGUCUGCAAGUACGGAUUAGAGAUUUGGAAGCUGAGGUGUUCAGACUACUGAAGCAAAAUGGGACUCAAGUUAACAAUAACAACAACAUCUUUGAAAGAAGAACAUCUCUUGGUGACGUCUCUAAAGGAGAUACCAUGGAGAAUUUGGAUGUCAAGCAGACAUCUUGUCAAGAUGGCCUAAGUCAAGACUUGAAUGAGGCCGUCCCAGAGACAGAGCGCCUGGAUUCAAAAGCACUGAAAACCCGAGCCCAGCUCUCUGUGAAGAACAGACGCCAGAGGCCCUCUAGGACAAGACUCUAUGAUAGUGUCAGUUCAACAGAUGGAGAAGACAGUCUGGAGCGAAAGCCUUCAAACAGUUUCUAUAACCACACACACAUUACUAAAUCACUUCUGCCCAAGGGUUUGAGAACUUCUCCAGAAUCAGAUUCUGGUGCUCCAUCCCUCACUCCAGUGGCUGGCAGUGUGCCCUUCUCGUCUGACCACAUAGCUGAAUUUCAAGAGGGACCACUGUGCCUGGAAAAAGAGCCUUCCUCUCUUAUUUGGGGAGACACUUCACUCUCCUCUCCUUCAAAAUCUGAUCAUGAUAUGGAAGAAUCUCCAUGCCACCAUCAAGUCGCCACCAAGAAAAUAUCACAAGAAAAAGAUGGUGCCAAAGGUCCCAAAUCACUAAGGGCAUCCAGUUCACUGGUGGUACAAGGAGGAAAAAUUAAGCGCAAGUUUGUGGAUCUGGGGGCACCUUUGCGAAGGAAUUCCAACAAGGGAAAGAAGUGGAAAGAAAAGGAAAAAGAAGCCAAUAGGUUUUCUCCAGGUAGCAGGAUCUUCAGAGGCAGGCUGGAACACUGGAAACCCAAGCCGUCUCCCGCACCUCACGCCUCCACCCGCUCGCCGUGCAUGCCUUUCUCGUGGUUUAAUGAGAGCCGAAAAGGAUCCUAUUCCUUCAGGGACCUGCCUUCACCUACAAGUCCCCUUCAGCCUUCUCCUGAAACUCUAAUUUCAGAUAAAAAGGGGUCCAAGAAUUUUACCUUCAACGAUGACUUCAGUCCCAGUAGUACCAGUUCAGCAGACCUUAGUGGCCUGGGAGCCGAACCCAAAACGCCGGGGCUCUCUCAGUCCUUAGCACUGUCGUCAGAUGAGAGCCUGGAUAUGAUAGAUGACGAGAUCCUUGAUGAUGGACAGUCUCCCAAACACAGUCAGUGUCAGAAUCGGGCCGUUCAUGAAUGGAGCGUGCAGCAGGUUUCUCACUGGCUAAUGAGCCUAAAUCUGGAGCAGUAUGUAUCUGAAUUCAGUGCCCAAAACAUCACUGGCGAGCAACUCCUGCAGUUGGAUGGAAAUAAACUUAAGGCUCUGGGAAUGACAUCAUCCCAGGACCGAGCAGUGGUCAAAAAAAAACUCAAGGAAAUGAAGGUAACUCUAGAGAAGGCUCGGAAGGCUCAAGAGAAGAUGGAAAAACAGAGAGAAAAGCUGAGGAGGAAGGAACAAGAGCAGAUGCAGAGGAAGUCUAAAAAGACAGAAAAGAUGACCGCUGCAUCAGAGGGUGCUGGCGAACAGUAACACACACCCCCUCGCAGACAGCUCUCCCCCCUUCCCGCCCUGCUCUCCUCCCCGGGGACAAAGGAACUGAUGGCAGGGGUAACGUGCUCUCGGCCAAAUGGGGAACUGCUUGUGGCAAAACUGCAUUUUCUGCAAUAAUAGAAUACACUUUUAAUUUUCACCUCCUGAAAUAAUCCCAAGCCACCUUUGUUUAUUACCAAACCAAGGAUCUCAUUUGUGAAAGAUGCAAAAUAGCUGUGUUUCUCUCUUCUCUUACUUACCAACCCCUUGUGGGGGAACCAGGGUCACCCUGCCCGAGAAAAGCAUGCCAUGCCCUGGUGGUGUUAGUGGAGCACCAUGACUUUUCAGUCUGGGAAUCCUGAAACUGGGCAAUGGCACGUAUCUGCAUGGCCCAGAGCGCCGCUCUGCCUUGAGAUUGGGGCUCCAGAAUACUCCAGUGUGUGGGAGAGUUUCUCCCCUCGUGUUUGUGUCUGGGCAGUGAGACAACCCCACUGUAGAAACACGGGUGCUCUGCCACAUAAUUACGUACGGCGGCAAAAGGCAAGCAAACUCUUCUGCUUGCUGGGCAUCUGAAGGAGAGAAAAGAAUCUGUUAUUUGCUAACCCCAGAAGGAAGCAGAAACCUUCAGAAUGUGGAUGUGGGUAUUACCUUGGGGUUCUGAGGGUAACAUUUAUCCUCCAGAUUGAGCCGAACAAAGGAAAAAAAUCAGACGUUAAUGCAGCCCGGGAUAUUGGGAUCCAUUGUUUACUCUGCUCCCGCUGCGUGUUCUGUAGUUCACCGACACGCAUAACAUAGUUCCUUUUUUCCCCAACAAAUUGAACAGGAAAUUGAUUUUUAAGGAAACCCAACAUUUUCAGGUUUCCUCUCCUGGGGAAAAUUCUGGCUAGUCUUUGGCCUGACUGUGACACAAUCAGGAACUUGUCACAUAUUUUCUACUUAAGAUUUCCCAAGCGGGCUCAGUUAGUGUUUUAACAAAUGUACUUUUAAGAAAAAUAGGAAUACUGGUUAGAGAAAAUUUAGAUUUGAGUAACACGCAACCAGAGAAGCAAUUUUAUUGAACACACAAAUGUUCCCGUAAAGGAGAGCUGACAGUUGGAUUUUAGAGAUGUUUUGAAUGGUUUUUCUGAGCCAUUCUCUUUCAUUCUUCAGAGAGUCCCAUGUUACAGUUAAAGUUUGUUUAAGAGAGUCCACAGGAUAUAGUCUACCAGCAGAGACAGUUCAGCUUAUUUUAAAGCCAGUAUGUGAAGGAUUUCAGUAUUUCGUCAAACUAAUUCAGGCAUAGGAGACUAGGGCGGAAGGAGGAGAAAAGACACCCAUCUUGAGAAACUUCAGAUGAUCGGUUGUUGUUCGUUGUCGUUGUUUUGUUUUUUAUGCCCCUGUCUCUGGUUGUCUUUGAUGCAUUGGCUGUAAAAAUGAGGUCAUCCACUUUCCAAGGGACGAGUUUCAAAAUAAGAGUUGAGGCCAGAUGAAUCUUCAACUAGUAUUUUACUUCCUUUUACUACAUGGUAGGGGGGUUUGGUCCAUAUUGUUCGCUGGAAAGGUUGUAUACACAGAGCUUGGGGGAAGGCUUUGGAAGGUUACAGUUAACAGAUAAUGUAAAGGGGCUCCUGCCCAUCUAGCACCAUCUUGUAUUUUGGACAGUGUGACUUAUUUUUAAUUUAAUUUAUUUUAUUUUAUUUUUGCUUGCGUGAAUAUCUGAAAUCUGGAAUUGGCUGAACUAGAAACUUAUAAUCCUAUCUUUCCCGAAAGCCCGUUUCCUUUCCAGUGACAGAGUAUUGUCUGUUACACUUCGAUCCUUUUGUCCUUAGUGCAGAUCAUUCAUCCAGUGCUCAGAAACAUUGACGUAAAGUAACAUUGUGUUUUACAAUUAUCAGAGUCGCUAUGUAUGUUUUUCUGUCUUCAUUUGGUAUAUGGUAAUGAGAUUGCCAUACUGGAUACUCUAUUAAUACUUGAGAUGUGUGGUGCUUCACUAUUUAUUAAUAUGAUGAGAAACAAGGAACCACUAUUCAUGAACUACACAAUUCAGUAGAUCUUCCCUAAUACCAAAAGACUAAAUUAGUCAAAAUCUGGUAAUACUCUUGCUCGCUAUUGUAAACUUUUUGCCCUUUUUGCUUACCUUUGGGGGGACUAAAAGUGAUCUGGAUCACACUGGAAGUUCUGCUCUGUAUUCAUUUUAAUAGUGGGAAUAGAGGAUGACUAUCUAAAGUUAUGUUUACACUUUGGUAAUGUUUGACAAUGGACGUAUAUACUGGAAAUGUCUAUAAGUCUCAGUCUCUGCACAUAAUUUAUGACCUCUAUUAUAUUGCAUUUCCUUAAAUGUCUUAGAAGUACUGUUCUUGAACUUUAUUUGUACACUUCCAGUGUGUAGACCAAUGACCAACUGAAAAUGUUAUAAAUCAAAUUCUUAUUCCUCAAAUCACUUAGUUUGUAUUAUAACUAUUUUUAUUUUUAAGUUGUUACAGUGAUUUUAGGUCUUACUGAGUUAUUUUAAUAUUACUGCUUAAAACUGCUGAAAUCAUAAAAGGCACUUGAUUUGACUGUCCAGCCAAGGAUAAAAUGUAAACUGAUUGAUCAAAGAGUAUGAACACAAAGUGCAGGACCUCAGAACUUCUGAACAUUUUGUUUCCAUAUGAUUUCUUUUCUUGACUCUAGUGCAUGACGCCUAAUCGAGGUUCCAGGGUCUUCAACAACUCCUACUUUAAUGCUAGUGGUUUUCGGUGUCCAUACAGUUUAACAUAGACUUGUUGUUUCAUGAACCUUAAAGAUUUUGCAGUUUUUUAUUUAUCAGAAAAUGAACAGAAAGGGAAUAUCUGGUUACUAUGAACUAUAUUCCCUAAAUGACAUCUCAGUAUGACUCUAAUAAUAUCCAGAUUGUUUUGGGGUAUAGGUAAUGCUUUGGGGGUUAGGGAAUGUGUGGUGAGGCCAAGCUGUAGACGGGGAGCAUUGUAUGAGCUAAAUGUCUGGGACAGAGUUUUCCAUGAAAGGACUUCAGUUUUUAUAACAGAUUACUUGAUUUAAGACCAUCUCCCUUAAAGUAACUCAGUUUAUGCAAUAAUUUUCUCAUUCUUUUUUUUUUUUUUUUUUUUUUGCCUGAUUCCGAAGUGUACUUCAGAGUGAUACAUUAGGGCAGAAACCUAAUUUUGCCCAUUUGGACACAUUGAUGAAGUCCACCAUUAAUUUCAUGACAAUAAAGCUAUCAUUCUAUGUUAUCCUCCUUUAGUUGGGGUUGACAUGGAUUUCCGGCCCUCAACAUCACAGAAGGAUUUUUAACCCACAGUGGUUUGUGACUGCAGUAUGCUAGUGCUCAUUCCAAACUUAGCUUUUAAGGGCCAUGAAAUGGGACCACCUAUUCUGGGCUUCUUUGUUGUUGUUGCAAACAAAGUGGCAAGAGGACAGGGGAGGAACCAAAUUAACCCUGCUGCUGCCUUUCAUCCUGUGUCAUCCCUGGCCCAAAAUUGUAAGCUGUCCCAGGCCCGAGCUACAAAAACAGUCACAGGUUGUUGGAUCUAGCACCUUAAUUAACCUUUAUGGUUUUUACUGAAGACAAAGAAUUCUUGUCUAGGUUCUUUGUGUAAUAGGAUUAACAUGUGCUUUAAAGUUAUAUUUUUAAGAGGUAAAUAAAAAAUUGCUUAUGGAUAUUCUAACUCAUUUAAUAAGUGUUAAAGAUUAUGUAGACCGAGCUUCAAGAGAAGAAACCCAGUGUUUGAAGAUUCUAAAGGGAGAUGUCCCAACAAUUCUGAAAGAAAUGUUUAUACUUUGGAGAUGUUGUAGCUCCUCAUUACACUGACAUAUUUAAGAAUUACCAAAUUCCAUUUGAGCAACUAAAUGUUCUGUCCCAGCAAGGCCCUGGUGAGAGGCAUUUCACUCUGGUGGACAGAGGUCACUACAGUUCAUGUCACCUACUUAAUGCUAAGUCCUCAGUGCUUUCUGAAGGAAAGGUAAAGUGGAAAAGAAAAGCCCAGGGUUUUUAAAAAUAUCUUUUCAAAUUUACCUUUAAUCAAGGAUCUACCCGUCUACUAUUCUCAAGCUAAGCAUUGAAGGAUGAAGUCCAGAAAUAAAAUGUACAUAUUUUCCACUAGAGUUGUUUUCCUUCUAAAAAUGGGAGUGGGGAGUCAAUUCUCAAAAGAAAGGCGUGGUAUAAGAAAUAUGAAUGUGUUUCAGUGACUCAUUCCUGAAAAACAGCCUGGGUAUGUGGGCAGAUUUUUGUUUUUAUAUUUGUCUUAGGUAGUUAAAGUCUCAGGAAAUUUAGUCUUGGUCCAAAACACUGGGGGAAGAAAUCAUACUAGACAGGACACCAGUAGAUUUUGAGUAACUUUGAACCACUACUGCACCACUGGCAGUGUAGAAUUGAUCCCACCAGGAAGUCAGAGGGCAAAGAAGCAGUUCACAGACUCCAUUUUCCCCUGGAGAAUAAAAGCCUCAAGUUCUACGUUAGGGUAAACAGAGGGUCUUUCAGUGCUGUGUGGAUGUGUCGAGUGAAUGCUCGUGACUUCCAAGCUUACAUACAUGCGUGGUGUGGAUCAAACACAGCAUGUGACCUGCUUCCAGAUCUACAGCAUGGGGAAGGACAGAAACAGGGUGAUUUCCAAUCCUUGGCCCUACCCCAACCCCAAAACCGCUAGAGAUUCAAGAAUGAAUAGGAGGUAACGCAUAAGAGAACCAGAGGCAACUUCUCAAUAAUGUGCAUGCUGCGUGUGUAGAUGUACAGAACUCCAUGCGUGUGAAUAUAUUCCUACCUUACAUACACACA